CCCUGCUCUUGUCGGGUGUUUGGUGUUUCCUUUAUGCUUUUCCCUUCACUUAAAUCUAUUCAGUCUCCCCCUAAUCCAGUAACUUAUUUAUGUUGCCGCUCUUUGCGGAACCUUUAUGAGGUCGGAACCCAUGCGCAGUAAGGUGCUGGCGGUCGGAGGACUGUUUUGGCAAAGGACAACCAGUUAUCUGUGGCGGGUUGGUCCGCACAGUUCCGGUGAGAGAACGCGGCGGAGAGGUCUUCAGCUUUCGUUCCUGAUAUGCACCGUCCGAAUUUUCGACCCCCGACUCCUCCUUACCCUUCCCCGGGUGUAGGAGGUUGGGGUGGCGGGAGCGGCUUCCGGGGUACCCCGGGCGGGGGCGGACCACGACCGCCCUCCCCUCGGGAAGGGUACGAGAGUCCGCACCAUACGCCGCCUUACGGGCACCGGUCUAGGCCCUACGGAAGCAGCCACUCUCCGCGACACGGCGGCAGCUUUUCGGGGGGCCGGUUCGGGUCACCGUCCCCUGGCGGCUACCCUGGCUCCUACUCCAAGUCCCCCGCGGGGUCCCAGCAGCAAUUCGGCUACUCCCCAGGGCAGCAGCAGACCCACCCCCAGGGUUCUCCAAGGACAUCCACACCAUUUGGAUCAGGGCGUGGUAGAGAAAAAAGAAUGUCUAAUGAGUUGGAAAGUUAUUUCAAGCCUUCAAUGCUUGAAGAUCCUUGGGCUGGCCUAGAACCAGUAUCUGUAGUGGACAUAAGCCAACAAUACAGCAAUACUCAAACAUUCACAGGCAAAAAAGGAAGAUACUUUUGUUAACAUUUCUGAAAUUCAACUGGAAGCUUCAUGUGUCAGGAACAUCUUGGACAAAACUUACUUGUGUAAUUAAGUUGAACCCAAAGAUGUUGACUUUGAAUAAUUAGUAGGGCCUUGGUAUUUUCCAUUAUAUCAAGUGUUGUUAUUAGAGAAGAAUGUAGGAUAAUUUGCAGUAAUUAGCUCUCUGAAAGUGCCUACCACCUUUAGAUUUACAGUUUCAAUAUAUUUAACAUUCCUGGUUAUAUAAUGGACGUUUGUCUUUUAAUGUUUUUCUAAUGUUUUAAAAUAAAACAUUUUGUCUUUCUA